GGCGACGGAUUGCACCACUGCUGACAAAAUACUACAGUUUACAAUAAUGCUUUCCUCUCUCUACAAAGCGCUUUCUUCCAAAGUUCCCGCCAAUCUGUUCUCCACCACGGCAGCAUCCUCCUCAACUCCUUCACAAUAUCAGAACAAGAUCAUGGCUAUUAAAGAUCUCGUCGAGACCGCCAUCAGCGAUAACAAAGUUACCAUCUUCUCUAAGACUUGGUGUCCUUAUUCCGCUCGUGCCAAGGCCCUUUUCGUAAAGGACUAUCCCGGUGUUCCAGCGCAUGUCCUCGAGCUCGACGAGACUGAUGAUGGUUCGGCAAUUCAAAACUAUUUAGCAGAAAAGACCGGACAACGUUCCGUGCCUAAUAUUUUCGUUAAUGGAACGCAUGUAGGAGGUUGCGACGAUCUUUUCGCCAUGAAGAAGGCUGAUCUCAAAGCUCUCGUCGAGAAGGCGUAAGGACCUUCUUUACCUGUACCACCGCAGCAUCGCACUUCUUUGUUAUUGUGUUGUAGACGGCAUAAUGCAAGAUUAUAGCUAAAGAUGAUUACGGUAGAAUUUAAUGUCGUGUAAUAUGACUUUAUGUGACCUUCAUAACCUUUCAUUCGACAUCUCACUUACACAGCUAAAUAUGGUGGCCAUUCAUUGACCACACGCGCAACAUCAAAAUCAAAUGCACGAACUCACUCACUGACAGCAGCCGCAAUCACCGUAAAAGUCUCACUGGGGACGAUCCAGGGAAGAUUCAUGGCAGGAGUUUCUAGAACAGUCCGAGACCGCGCUGAUGAAUACAGAAAAAACCACAUGAGCGAAGAAAGGUCCUUAAUCGUGUGACCACUUCAUGCAGCGAAAGAGUCGCAUCUGUCAAUGUGCAGAUUGAUUACUCAACACUGAGAACCGACAGAUCACACCCCAGAAGGAGAUAACGGGUUGAAACGGAAACAAUGACACAAGGGACAUAUCGUACCAGAGCUUUUUGUACAUAUUGUGGCGGCCUUCGUUCUGCAGAACUUGCCCAUGAGCGGGGUUAGAUGAAGAGACACAAAGGCGAUAAAGACAUGACCGGCCAUCUCAGGAUAUAGACCGAGCAAUGCCGAAAGGUAACUCGCUUAAUUAUGCUUGUGUCGUUACGGCAGCAAGGGUGGGCGAGAUCAGAAAGUUGAGAGAUUGCACAUC